AUGAAAGAAAAGUGUGUUGACAUUGGGUCCGUUGAUUGUGCGGGUUUAGGGAUUCCCACUGGAGCCGGCGGGGGGCCAGCGGGCGCAGGAGCCGGCCAUCCUGUUGCACAUCAUCAUGGCCAGCUUGACGAGCGACUGGCUCUAGCUGCCGAUCCGAUGAUCCGAUUACAGAUGGCUGGCAUCUCGCCCGAAUAUCAUGCUCACACUCACGCGCAUACUCACGCGCAUACCCACUUGCACCUACAUCCAGGACAACAGCAGGCCCAGCAACAAGCACAGCAACAACAGGAAGUGGCUGCCGCUGCCGCUGGAUACCCCCUGCCUGUGGCUAAUGCUAAUUAUCCACGACCUGGGAUGAUGCAACGUGAUCCAACGCUUGGAUUACACCCGGCGGAGUUAUUAUCACGUCCUUAUGCCGACAUGGCGGCACAUGAACAAUUUCAACGUCACUUGAUGAUGGAACGGGAACGGUUUCCAGCUCAUGCAUCAAUAGUCGCUCAUCAUGAAGAAUAUUUAAGAGAUUCUUAUUAUAGACAACAACGUGAACGUGAAUUAAAAGUUCGUGCAUUAGAAGAAGCUGCUCGUGGAUCACGACAAUGA